AGGGUGAAUGGGAUGGAAGAAGAGUUCUUGUUUUGUAUGUCAGUUUCUGUCUUUUUUUAUACAUUUUUGGUUAAAAACCAACCGAACAAAGCGAAGAUUCCUUCUGAUACACUGCACCAAACUUUAGGGCGCUAAAAAUAACCAUUUCAUCCGCGGGAUAGGAUUGUGGUGGCGAAAUGCCCGGCUGUUUGUAAAUAUAUAUUUAAAUAAUUGGUGAGUGUAAGUGUAUGAAGAUCGGGGUUUGACUACAAGGCUCCACCCCCCACUCUGCCAUUUGGAUGGUGUUCAAGACGGCAGACGUUGGGAAGGCAGCUGUGUUGGGUUUUGGGAAGCAGAGAUCGAUGAUGGAACUGCAGAAUUUACAGGAAGCACUGAAAGUGGAAAUCCAGAUCCAUCAGAAACUCGUCACCCAGAUGAAGCAGGAUCCACAGAAUGCUGAUCUGAAGCUGCAGCUCCGUGACCUGCAGGCCAAGAUCACAGCGCUUAGUGAGCGGCAGAAAAAGGUGGUGGAGCAGUUAAGAAGAGAUCUUCUGGUAAAACAGGAAGAUAUGAAGCUGCAGACACUUCAAGCCGACGGGCAAACGUCUACCCUGCUCAUCACACAGACGCCUCUGCCUGCUGCCAGUCUAACCACUCCACAGAACUCGUUGGCCCCUGUCAUUGCUUCAAAGACUCUACCUCUGGUGCUGAGCGCUGCCACACCCACCUCACCUAUCAUCAUGACACCAGCACCCACUAUCACCGUGGUUACAACCCUUGGCAACACUCUCCUGGGGAGCCCUCCUUACUCGGAUCCUCCAAACUCACCAGUAAACUUCCAAACUGUCGUCCAACCGACCAAUCAGGGAGCAGAGCCUGUGCGAGUCAUACCCAAUAGCACUUUUGUUGUUCAAGCUGCCUCCCAGCCAAUCAAAGUUCCUCAGUUUGUCCCACCCACCAGACAGACAACUCGGCCGGCCUCUCUACCGCAGGUCAGGCCCCAACCUCCAGUCUCUCUAUGCCCAGCUCCUGGUCAGGUGUCAGUACAGACCCUGCAGUCACCAGUGUUACUGAGCACUGCCCCCGCUUCCUGUGUUCAUGUCCAGCAGAUGCGUAUUCUCAAUGGCCUGCCCUGCCCCAACAGCUCUAACCGUACAGGCAUCCUGAUCUCUCCCUCUACACACACACAGCCAUCUGCCCAGACACAUGUUCAGCAGUUACCUCACAACAGCCGAAGCUCUGACAACACGACACCUGUUGUGGAAUAUGGGACAGAGCCAAAGACUUCAUUGCUCAUCUCUCCAGACACACCUACACACACUUCACCUCCACUGUCCAUAGAUACACCAUCCUCACCGUCCACCACCAACACACACACACCUUCUUCCAAACAUCAGGAGAGCCCACUGAAACUGGCCUUCAUGUUGUCGCUGGGACUGGUCACACGUGACUAUUUGGAAGAGAUUCAGAGCCGGCGUCAGGAGCGUAAGAGAAGGACGACAGCAAAUCCAUUAUAUAGUGGAGCCAUGUUCGAACCAGAGCGGAAGAAGAGCUCAGUGUCAUAUCUGAGUUCCAUUAACCAGUCUAGCAGGAAGAUAGGUCACCCUUCUAAAAACCGCAGUAUUGUGGAGCGGGGGCCCCUCCCCCCAACCACCAGCAGCCAUCAUUCUGCCUCCCCCGACCUACAGCGGCCCACUGCGGGCAGCCCAUUCUCCCCUGCCCUCUCACUCACCUUUCCAUCACAUUCACCCUCAGCCAGCCCCAGCUCAGCAGGGGAUAUUCUGCCGAAAGAAGAUGCUAUUGAGUGGCCAGGGACACUUGCUAUUGUCCAUUCUUACAUCUCUUAUAAAGCAGCUAAAGAGGGAGAGAAAGAUCGUCUGAAAAGAUGGAGCACAGAGCUGCGGCAGGAGAGAGAGACACUGGAGCACAAAGUCGGACAGCUCAGCAACACCAUAACGACAUGUAUGGACAGCAAAAACAGCGUGAUGGCCCAGCACAGAGAGAUGGAGGCUUCACUGGAGAAAAUUAGAGGGCUGAUGCGUCUGAUCAGAGGGAUCCAGUUGUCCCCCCUCCAUUACCAGGAGCUCAUCUCUCCUGUAGGCAUGGCUAAUGGAGAUGUGUCCCACAAUGGAGCUUCAAAACCCAGCAGCUCCAGUGCAGUCACUACAGACACAAACAAUAACACAAAUAACUCAUCACGCUCCUCUGAAACUAUGGUGAUAAUUAGCACUCUUUCAAACAUAAGCGAAACCUUCAACCAAAUCGCCACAAAUAAUAACACAAUUAAGAGCGAUACUACAAACACAAAGAGCAACACUAGCAGUGAGGGCACUGAAGAGAGCACACAAAUAAAAAGCAUCAGAAUCAGGAGUGAACCCAGUACAAACAGCACAGCCUUCAGCAAUAACAGCAGCAACCAGGGGGUUCUCAGUACCAAUGGAACAGUGUCCACAGGGGAGGGAAAUAUAAAGAAAUAUAAAAACAACAACAGUGACCUCAGCGUCAUCCCACAGCCCCUCCUCGGCCCAAUCGUACCCCUUACGGGAGUGACUGAGGGGGUAAAAUAGCAUGGACUACCCCACCACAGUUGGUGCCCAGAGUGUGCCAGUUAACAGUAUUAUUGUUUUGUGUUUUUGUUUCAUCUCUUGUAUCUUUGAGGGAAAGAAAGUCCAUAGUGCCAUUUACUACAUGCAGAAAGGAGGUUCCUAAAGUACCAGCAAUGUGUAUGCUAAUAUGUGCACACUGAAAAUAUUUCUUCAAAGAAUAAUGAUAUAGAAAAUAAUAGAAAAGAGUAAUAAAAUCUAAAGAUAUCACACCAUUGUGUGCCUGAUACAGUUGCCAUAGCACCUCUGAGUGGGAAAGCUUCCGAAGGAUUGGGUGCAGGUCUUGUUCCUGCAGCCCUCUGGUAGUUGAGUAGUGCAGCUUCCUAUCAGGUCCUGUAGCUCUGAUCUAAGAUAUGAGGAAUUGAGUGUCCGUUUUGUCAGUGAAAUGCAGCCGAGGUGCAGUUGUUUUGUCUAGUUUUAUGUUAUUGUGUCUAAUUCUAGGGCUCCAGAGCGUAACGGGGAGCACCACACAGGUUAUCACAUGCUAACAGAAAUACAGGCCUUUCAGUCGUCCCACUGGAGAUUUAACUACUGUCAUUCCCAUUUGUCUAUUUCUUGGUGUUUUUAAAAGCUGAAACAUUACUGUAAAUAUGUUUUGGUAUUUUUACACAUAACAUUAUUUAUAGUUUUUUUCUUACAAAAUAUUCAUUAGUUUUGUUCUGCCAAAUAAUUAAUUCCACUGGGAACUGUUAUUUUAUUGUUACACUAAACAUUAAAUAGAUAUUUAAGAGUAGUAGAAUAGUAUUUGUAGUGUCAGUCCUGAAGUGUCUGUGAGGUCAAUUCUAACCAUGCCUUAUCUACUGAACAGAUGUGAUUUAAUGGGAGCGCAGUUCCGUCUCAGUCACGGAUGUUUUUUUUUACAGAAGGGAUGAUGAUUUGAGACUUACUGAUCUCACAUCACUCGUGCUCCAUGGAACUCCAUAUCCACAUCCAGAGGAUUUUUUUAAUACCAGAGUGUAGCAGGGGUCUCAUGCCUUGUCCAAGAACUUUGAUUCUCUAAAACUAUGAAAAAAAUGAAGAAUCUUUUUAGACUUGCACACAUGCCGUCAAAAAAAUACCAUAAAACCAGUGUGCCAGUAAAGUUAUGCUUAUGGGCCAGUUUAAGGGCUUCUGUUCUGUAUCAUUUCACGGUGUCAUCUUACUAGGUGGUAACACUUUUCUCUAAAUCUGUCCUAAAGCACAAAACAGCAGGCAUAAGGUCUAUGCCUUGCGCCACAACUUAGCAUUGUCUCCAAUAUUAAGGGGCUUCUAUUAUCACAUAAUUUUUUUAUAUUUUGCAUUACUAUAUCAGAGCUGAUGCUCUCUCACCACUGUAUAUUUCAGACCAUGUGUCGUACACGUGAACAAGCACAGACUUAAUAGACCAGACCAGUUCUAACAUACAGUAUAUGGCAACCUCAGAUACAGCCGUGGUAGGUAGAACACUGUAUCAUGUGCCAUGAUGACACUUCUAUAGUGUUUAAGAAAGCAGAAGAAAUAAUCCAGAAACCAGUGGUGUCAAACACAAGGGAUGCAUUGCUGUUGAUAGAAGACAGAAUUAUCAACAGUGUUUUUAUCUUCAUUUCAGGUUUGUGAGUGUGCACAUGUACAUGGUUUCAAUGCUGAACAUGCAGUUCUGGCCUGCUGUAGCCUCUGUGUAUUGGUUGCCUUAAGUUCUAUAGAAUACGUUAGGCUGUUUAAUUUAGUGCUAUGACUUGUCAGUGUCUUAGAAUCAGUUGUCAGCACAAUGAGUGAGAUUUUUUCCCUUUUAGGAAACAGAACCUACUUUAUCAUCUGAUCAUUCUGGUUGUGGAUGUAAGGACAGUGCUUGCACUGCCUAUAAACAUAAGAACUCUUAAGUGCUUACCUCUUAUAACAAAACACA